CAACACCUGUAAACGACGCUCCAAUUAGAAAAUCCCAUAAAUAUCAAUAAUGCAUUAAUAAUUCACGUUGUCUGGUGCUGAAACAAUAAAGAUCGAUACCGGAGCUUUGCGCCACUUUUAGUAAAAGAUCUGUACGUGCAAAAUGAAUAAGAUUAGUGAUCAAAAUUCCGUGAAGUUUAAGGCAUUUUAAUUGCUCUAAUUUCGUGAUGCUAUUACAUGGUGGAUUAUUGCGGGUUUGUACAGUAAAAGUGCCCAUGGAUAGUGCGCGGGUGUCCGUUUUGAUUAUACUAUAGCUGAGCCAUGGAGACCGAGUCUGUGCGAUCCGAAAUAAGCAGCCGGUCAAGGCGAAGUUCCCGUCAUAGGCAGCAUACACAUCGGAGUACGAGGAGUACUAAAUCGCAAAGAAAAGACUGCGGUGACAACAUGGCACCAUUCCAGACCAGCGUAAAUAUUAACCCAGAGAUCGGAAGGGACGGCCAAGAGGUCAUUGAGGUCCAAAUAUUACCUCAAGACGAGAAUUGGGGGGAAAACACCACAGCGGUAACGGGUAACACAUCUGAAGGCUCUCAAUCCAUGGAAGAUGUCAGCAACUGGCCCAUGGAGUCGGAUAGUGGCUUAGGAUUCGUUUGCUCACGAUAUUUUGGAACAACUGUGGCCUUAGGUUUAACUUUUGUAUCCUUCGUGAGUCCUUUAGCGAUGGUUGUGUUACCUAAAUUAGGUUUUUUCCCUGGACUAUCAGAGAAUAUAGCCCUACAGCCCAGCCAAAGGAUACAACUUCUUUCUUGUACAGCCGAAUGCAAAGGAAUCCUUUUAUCGUUAGCUUUUAAAUUAGUUUUAUUGGCUAUAGGUAUAUGGGCUGUGUUUUUACGCCCCAGGAACGCUGUACUGCCUAGAUUGUUUGUGUUCAGAGCAAUGAUGCUAGUUAUUUUAGCUGUAUGCUCAUUUUCGUACUGGCUGUUUUACUUCGUACAAAUAACCGAGGCGACUAAAGCUCUCGCUGUCGGUGAAGAAGCCAUGGACUACACGUCACUAGUUUCAUACGUAGCCAGUUUCGCUGAUACGCUACUUUUUAUACAUUAUGUCACCAUUAUUUUAAUGGAAAUAAGGCAUUUAGAACCUGUGUAUUACAUGAAGAUUGUGCGAAGCCCUGACGGUGAGAGUAGGUCGUACACCAUCGGCCAAUUGAGUAUACAAAGAGCGGCAGUUUGGGUGUUACAAAAGUAUUAUACAGAGUUUCCGAUAUACAAUCCGUACUUGGAGAAGAUUCCUAUAUCGAAGUCGCAGUCCAGUAGGAAGGCGCAGGCCAGUAUUAAGUUUUACGAAGUGGACUCCAAUACUAAUACGCAGUCGGGACAAACAAGAUCGGCCGGCGGCUCGUGCACGGGCAGCGCGGGGCGGCGGCGCGACUCGGGCUCGGCGCACAACGAGCGCUACUACGAGGAGGCGGAGCGCGAGCGCCGCGUGCGCAAGCGCCGCGCGCGCCUGCACUCCGCCGCCGAGGAUGCGUUCGCGCACGUGCGACGCGUGCGCCUGUCCGCCGCCAACGGAGGAGCCCUGGGGCCUCGCGAGGCGGCGCAGGCCGUGUUCCCCUCGCUGGCACGGGCGCUGCAGAAGUACCUACGCGCAACGAGACAGCAACCGAGGCAUUCCGCUGAUUCCGUGCUAGCCCAUCUGGCGCGAUGUCUAUCCCAGGACGCGUCGCCCCGGGCGUUCUUGGAGCCGUUUCUGGUGGAAGGGCCAGUGCUGGCCGCGGAGCAGGAAGCCAGGCCGGUUCAGAGAUGGUCGCUGAUCUCUGAUGAGCUGCUGGCCAGGCCUUUGGCGGAUGGCGUCGAGUUCCAGCUGCGGCAAGGAGACGUCUCCCUCAUAUGCUCUAUAAAGCAGCUGCCGAAGUUCAGCUUAUCCGAAGAGGUGGUGGACCCGAAGAGCAACAGGUUCAUCCUUCGACUCAACUCGGAGACGUCGGUCUGACAGGAGGACUACGCGGCCCGGGACGGCCACCGGCUGGUAUGACAUUUGGACUUUAUUUAGUUUCCAACAGUUUUUUGUCCUAGUUUAUGACUUAUCGUUCAUUUUGUUUUGACAUUGGCUACGUCGCUUUUUAGAUGCGUGCACGCGAUUUAUGUGAAAACGCGCUGGUUUUGAUUUUUGUGCGUUGGUUUUGAUUUUGCGGAAAUCCACGAUAUAUUAUGAAAAAAGCUUAGUUUGCUAUAUUAUAUACUCCGAAAAAACAAGAGAAUUUUAUUGUUGUUUGUUUGACUUAACAAUUAUUCAUU